GGUCAGAGGGCAGAUGGAUGCUACAGGCCUCUGCUAACUUCAACUGAAAUGGCUGAUGAGGCGAGCAACGAAGGAAAACUCCGCCUACCAUUUCAAGUGGUUACUGUCAUUGGUGGAAGGAAAGAACGAAGGAGUACUGGCAUUUGGGAUCUGCGUGAAACGUCCUCACAAAGCUAA